AUGUUUGCACUGCUCCUCCUCGCCGCUGCGGCAAGGGCAACAGAUCUGGCUUCUGCAGAUGAAGGUACCGCCUUCCGCGGCUCGGUCGCUCGGCGACGGGCCCAGGAGGAGCCACCCGUGCCAGUGAACUCCAUGGACACUGUUGAGCCCCAAUGCGCCCCUGGCUAUUUCGAUUUCUCCCAGGGAAAGGCCUACUACUGGUCCUGUGCUUUCUACUGCGAGGGUGGAAAGUAUUAUGCUACGGCGGGCUGCCAAUGUGCAUGCCUCACACACCUGCAAGCAGCGAAGCUCCUUGAGGCUGCAACUCGGCCGACGGCAGAUCCGACCGCCGAGCCCACGGCGCAGCCGACGGCAGAGCCGACGGCGGGAACGACGCAGGAAGGUGCUACAACUGCUCCAGGAGUGAGCUCUGGCACGAUUCUUCCCACGUCGCCCCCGGUGGCCGCGACGACGCAGCAAGCCAUCGUCGUGAUCACCACCUUCCCCGUGGGCGAUAUGGGAGCUGGUCCCCAAGCUCCCAGUGUGAACGGCAACCCGCCGCCUGCCUCAGCGCCUACGCCGCCCAGUACCGAAGAGGCCCCGGAGACACCGGCCAGGACCCGGGUGGAAAACGUCGCCAUGGUUGGUGGGGCAGCUCUGGGGGGACUGUGCGUCCUGGGGCUUCUUCUGGCGGGAGGCUUCGGAUUCCGGAAGCGCGAGCCGAGGAGGGACAUGCCGGCGAUCACUUUGUACAAGCCCAGUGACGCCGCCCCUUCCCCGGCGGAGCCGACCUUCGAGCUCACGGUGGCCGGGCGCGGCUCCUCCUCGAGGGCCUCCAGCAAAUCCUCCACAGGCUCCCGGGGAGCCCUGAUCACCGAUGGGCCUGGAUCACGCCGCAACAGCCGCGAGUCUGCCGGGUCCCUCAGGUCAGCUGGUAAGGCGACGGACGCGGAGGCGCUGGCGACGGCCAGCACCAACGCUUCGAACUUCAGCGGCGUCGGCAGCGUGAACAGCAGUUGGGCCUGGGGGCAAAACCUGCAAAAUGAUGGCACGGGGAGCAACCACUUGGGAUCCCGGCACUUGUCACCCCAGAGGCCUCGAGCGAGCAGCAAGUGCAGCACCUCCUCAAAGCCCUCGCGCGUGGAGCCUGAGAUCGUCGGAGAGCGCCGCGAGCGCCGGGCCAGUGACAGUUCGAAUGUCUCCAUCCGCGAGCUCGAGGUUCCUUCGUGGCGCCGCCCGACCAAGUGA